AUUUUGGUAAUGACCAAAACUCGUUUUGUCGCGUCCAAAAUAUCUUGUUUCGUAUUAGUAUAUAAAAAGUAACCUAAUCAAGUUGAACUCUCGACUUCGUGGACAACAGUGAACGAAUACACUAGUGAUUUAAAAAAAAUAAGUAUGAAGGGCGCAUUAGUUUGCUUUUUGGCCGUCGUGGCGCUGGCCGCGGCUUCGAAAGACCAAUACCCCGACCGGUACGACAACAUCGACGUGGACGAAAUCAUCAACAACGACAGGCUGUUCAUAGCAUACAUCAAGUGCUGUCUUGAGACAGGCAAAUGUACGCCGGAAGGCCGCGAAUUGAGAUCUCACAUUAAGGAUGCUCUGGAAAACCAAUGCAAAAAAUGCACAGAAAUCCAACGCGGCUGGACGAGGAAGGUGAUGAGCCAUCUCAUCAACAAUAAGCCUGAAUACUGGAAACAGCUGGUCGACAAAUACGAUGCACAGCGCAAAUUCACGGUCAAAUAUGAGAAAGAACUAAGAGCUAUCAAGGGAGAAGCUUCCAAUAUGAAGACCAUCGUGUGUUUGUUUGCCUUAGUGGCCGUGUGUCUGGCCAAGCCCGAGCUGUACACCGACCGGUAUGAUAAUAUCGAUCUGGACGAGAUCCUGAGCAACCGUCGUCUACUUGUGCCGUACAUCAAAUGUAUACUGGACCAGGGGAAAUGUUCUCCGGAAGGCAAGGAACUGAAACUGCACAUAGUAGAUGCUCUCGAGAACAACUGCGAUAAUUGCACGGAAGCGCAGAAGAAAGGCACCAAAAAAGUGAUCGGACAUCUCAUCAACAAGGAGAAGGACUUCUGGGCACAGCUAUGCGCCAAGUACGAUCCGGAAAACAAAUAUGCUGCGAAAUACGAGAAGGAACUUAAAGAAGUAGCUGCUUAGAACAUUGUCACUUCUACUCCGAGAUCACGACUUUACAUCAAUUCGC